CGAGGUUGGUGAGUGUUGUAUCGACCGAGGGGCCGACAUCGAAGCUAAAGAAAGACGUGACGCGACUUGAUGGUUGCGCGUUUUCGGACGCCGUGUAGAGCGCUUCUACUGCUGGUCCUCUCUAUAUGUUUCCAAGCGGACGAAAUCGACGCGUUUUCGUCCUUUCUCCCAAACGUGUUUCGUGGCCAUGCUACAAAAGUUCCGACGACUUUGCCAAAGGAGGACUUGGUCAAUUUGAAACGGAAAGUAGCCCCGCUUUACGAAGCCUCUUCUGCUAUAACGAACGAGGAGGAUCUCCCCUUGCCAAUAUCCAUUCCACCACUACCGAAGAAGGCCAGCAAACGGCAAAUGAUGUCGUUUGCCAUACCCGCGCUCGGAAUUUACCUGUCAAACCCACUACUAUCCAAUAUUGAUAACGCCUUUGUUGGAAGAACUGUUGGAACCGCUGGCCUGGCAGCGUUGUCUCCCGCAACCAUUUGUACCGACCAAAUGCUGUAUUUGUUUUCUUUCCUUUCCCGAGCUACCACAGGUCUCGUAUCGCGCGCUUACGCAGCAACGGACGACGGUCAAGGGGACCGAGAGGCAGCUUGCGACGCCGCUUCAGCUCCUUUGACAAUAUCGCUUCUGUGCGGGCUGGUCCUAACCAUCGUGUACGCUCUCUGGACGCCCCGCAUGCUGGUGGCCUUCAAUGUGAAUCCCGCGCUGCGCGCAUCGGCCGCGUCGUACAUUUACUGGCGUGGAGCUGUGGCCUGGGCUGCCCUUGCUCAGAGUGUAUCGCUUUCCGUCAUGAUGGCCACACGCGAUGCCAUCACGCCGCUCAAAAUCAUCGGAUUAGCCGCUCUUUUCAAUAUUGCUGGAGAUGCUUUAUUGUGCGUGUGGCCAGUUCGGUGGGGCUGUACCGGUGCCGCUGCUGCCACGUCGCUGGCAACACUGGUGAGCUCGGGCUUCAUGCUGGCGGCGCUGCGGAAGAAAGCGUUGUUGCCCAAGGUGCGACUACCUUCCAAGGAAGAGCUGGGAGGACUUAUGGAAUUUACUGGACCCCUCCUGGCGAUCACACUGACACGCCUGGGAGGAUUCAUUGCCAUGCAAAAAGCAGCGAUGGGACUGGGCGUCGGGCCGUUGGCCGCGUAUCAGCUCAGCAUCAACCUUGUCAUUUUCUUUUUGCUCUUUGGUGAACCUCUCAGUCAGUUGUCGCAAACAAAACUACCGGCAUUGGUAGAUCAAGGUGACGGUGAUGCUGUCCGUGCGACUUUGAAGUCGGUCCUUACAUUGGCAGCCUUUGCCGCUGUAGGCGUCGGUGGUGUGGCGUAUGGUGCUAUUUCGUGGGGGUCCAGUGUCUUUUCAGCCGACACGGCCGUGCAGCUGCUCGCAAAAGAAGCCGCUCCGGCGGUAUUCAUGUCCGUGGCGGUCGCCAUUUUUACAGUCGCCGUAGACGGUGCUAUGUUGGCUUCUCGAGACUUUGGGUUCAUGCUGACGGUCGGGUUGGCUACUUUCCUAGCGCAAAUUGCGCUGCUACGAAACCAUUGUUCGUCGCUCAGUUUUGUGUUUGGGACUUUUACGAUGCGGUUAGGGGUCUAUGCUGUUCUAGCUAUGAUGCGGGUAGCCUCAGGUCAGGGGGCUUUGGGGAAAGUUAUUCGCAAGAAAGCCGAUACAGUAGCGUAG